AUGUACUCCAAGAAAACCGGGAACUUGAAGAAGACAAUAGAGCAACUGCAAGAAGAAAAUGCCCAACUCAAGGAAGAAAAGGAACUUCAGAAGGGAACAGGGAACUUAGGAAGGAAAAUAAGUGAAAUGCAGAAGGAACUAGACUGGAGAAGAGCUCGGAACAAUUCAGAUGAUAUCACACUGGAUGCAGACACGGCCCAUCCCAACCUCUCCAUUGCUGGGGAUAAGAAGAGUUUGACACAUGAAGUACAACCUAAAAAAUCUCCACCAAAUCCAGAGAGGUUCGAUGCAACUGUCUGUGUGUUGGGCUCUCAAGGAUUCUCCAAAGGAAAGCACUACUGGGAGGUAGAUGUUGAGAAAAGCACUGACUGGGACCUGGGGGUGGCCAGCAAAACCAUAGUUAGAAAAGGAAAACUGUCCCUGUCCCCUAAAGAGGGAUUCUGGGUUCUGGGUCAGAGUGGGAGAGAUUACUGGGCAAAAACAGACCCAUGGACCCGGGUCAAUGUGCAGAAAAAGCCCAAGAAAAUUGGAGUUUACUUUAGUUACGAAGAGAAGCAGGUGACCUUUUUCAAUGUCACUGACAUGUCUGUAUUGUUCACAUUUAAUGAUUGUUCAUUCUCAGGAGAGGUUUGUCCAUUCUUUAAAAAUUCACUCAAAGAAACAACAAUGAAAAUUUGUUCAGUUAAAGAGGAAUAAAUAUAACAUGACAGUGAUGCUGAUUUUAUAUUAAUGUAACUGAAAUCAAGGUAAAAAAGGUA